UUGAUGAUAUCUUGGUAAAUGCUGCUGAUAACAAGUUUGGCGAAGAAAUUGUGGAAACAUCUUCAAACGGCAAGAAAUAUCGCAAAGCUUUCAGGAACAAUAUGACCGUAAUCGGACAACCAAUUAUCACCGCUUGUUCUAAAUGUGAAUACACAAUCAUUGGUUUUUCGAAAUUGGACGAAGCAAAUAACGAUGAUGGGAGAAAUGCUGAGGAUUGUACAUUAAUCCUUACCGACUCUGUAAAAUCUUUGGCAGUUGCCGGGUUGGACGUGAUAACUAUGGAAUUUUCCUAUUCCGGGGAGAUACCCACUCUUAGUUCAUGA